AUGCCUGAUCAGUUUCCUAUCCAGCCCAUUGGACGGUUCUAUGCUGCAAGCCAGCCGGUCAAACGACCCAAGGAGUUUGCUUGCUUCUCAUACGACGAUAACCAUGACUUCCAUCUAGGCGACUCUUCUGUGAGGUACUAUUAUACACCAGCCCUAGGCACCGACCUAUCCAAAGGCUACGACAGCUUCAUCAAGCAUGAUGACUCGAAACCUGAGCACCUCGGGGCCUUACUCAAGACUAUCAAGGCUCAUGAAGAAGAGAAAGGAGAGAAAAUCGAUGCGCAGAUUGUGACAUGGCGUGGCAUGAUGACCAAAAUCAUGGCGUCACCUUUUGAGGACCGUGACGGGUCAGUCGUUCGUAUUCCAGUGCAGAUGGUACGAACCGAAACUAACGGCAGACCCAGAUUUGAAAUGAACGCAACGCUGUACCAAGUGCGCAUGAACAACCCCCUCUCCCCCCCUUCGCCCGUGACUUGGUCCUUGACUGAGCUGACCCGACUCAGGACUGCAUGUAUGACGCUCUUCAACGGCACAUUCAUUGAAGAGAACCACGAGUACAAGGUCGCGUCCCAAAAGCAACAGAAUGCGCAACAGCGACGGGGACCGAUCCCUCCGGAAGUAAUGCAAUUCUGGGGCUACAAGUUUGAGACCUUGGCGACGCUCCCCGCCCCUUGGGGCGAUACUUCCAGAGAAUACAUCGACAACAGGAUUGAGGAGGUGGUGAACAACAAAGCUCAGUACUGCUCCGUUGUCCGGACGGGUAUCGGGCCAACCGUCAUCUGCAUAGGUGGCGAAGUCGACGCCGUUUGGGACUCGAAGCCCUCGAAGCCCGGCGCUCCCACGAACUGGGUCGAGCUCAAGACGAGCCUCGCCAUCCGCGAUGACCGUGACGUCGACAACUUCCACCGCAAGCUCAUGAAGUUCUGGAUCCAGUCGUUCCUCCUCGGCGUCCCCAAGAUCAUCGUGGGCUUCCGCAACCGCCAGGGCAUCCUCACAGGCCUCGAGGAGAUCGAGACGGAGAAGAUCCCGGAGACGGUGCAGCGUCGCGGCAAGGCGACGUGGAACGCCGACAUGUGUGUCAACUUUGCCGCCGACUUUCUCGUUUGGUUACGACAGACCAUCAACGACGACGGUGUGUGGAGGAUACGCAGGCGGGCUGGGGAGCCGACCAUUGAGGUGUUCAAAAUCGACGAGGCCGGGCACGGUGAGCUCUUGACGGACGACUUCAUCAACUGGAGGAUCAAGCUCUCGAUGAAGAGCACGGCCCUGGAGCCGGAGCCGGAGCCGGAGCCGGGGUCGGAACCAUAG